GACAUGCUACAGAACGCCAAUCGCGAGCCAGACAUGGCCGAGGUCCUGCGUGUGACGAAGGAAGAGUGCAAAGCAGGCAAGCUAGACGGGCCAUGGGAGGUGUGGGCCGGCGCUCACGGGCACGUGCACUCCACCGUGCCUUUUGACCAGUGGCUGCCGACGCGCCGCUUCCCCCGCGUCCAAGGCCGCACCGCCGCGUCGUGCAAGGUGCGCCCCAUCGAUGACGCGACGGCGAGCGGCCUCAACCUCGCCGUGUCUACCCAGGAGCGCAUGCGCAUGGCCGGACUGGCCACUCUCCUAGACUACGUCUCGUUCAUCGCCGAGCACUUCCGCGAUUGGGGAGAGGGCGGCGCGCCGCUGGUUGCAAAAGGCAACCGCGCGCAGGCGUGCCCGCAGUGGCCGGUCCACGCGGACGACAUCCCCUUGCUUGUCUGCUUCGUGUGGGGUGACAGCGUCGGGCGCGCGGGAGGUUCCCAGGCCUGCGCGCAUAAGGCCCUGCCCUUCGGUGCCUUCGGGGCCGUGUGGGGCUACGCCCUGGUGGCGGCGAGCGUGAACCAUCCGCUCCGCCAGAUCUUCAGCGUGCCACGGAACGCAUACGUGGAUAAGUUCCACCGAGCAUCGCCUGCGAGGAGGGUCUCCCUACACGAAUGGGUGUUCCAGGAGCUGCGCGCCAUGCUGGGCAUCCCGCUGAAGGAGGGCAAGAACCAAGGCCCAGCGGCCGUCCUGAACCUUGUAGGGCUCGUUCUCUCCACCGCGCAGUGGGCGGGCUUGCGCCUCGCCGCCAAACGCCGGGCCGACAUUGCCGCGGACGUGGAGUCCGCGUUGCGCGCGCGACGCCUCAGCAAACGCGACGCAGCCCGGCUCGGCGGGCAGCUGGGCUUCGCCACCGCGGCGAUGUUCGGGCGCGUCGGGCAUGGAGGGCGAAGCUUCUCUGCCCACGUCCCGCCACACUUGUGCGCUGAGCUGCUCCAGGUUGGGAAGAAGCAGCGCAGCGCCCAGUCGGAGCUCCUCGCCGUUCUGGUCCUGCUGCUCUCGUGCCCCGAAGAAGUACGAGGGGCGCGGCUUGUCCUGUUCGAGGACAACACCCCGGCACUGGAGAACAUGCUCAGCGGCGCCGCCAGCGAUGUCUGGAUCGAGUGGGUCGCCUCAGAGAGCAACCCCGCGGGCAGCCUCUCCAGACCGGACGAACACGCCAAGCGGGCCGAGGCCAGAGCCUUCUCCCAGCGCCACCACCUCCAGGCGGCGGAGCCCCGUUUCCCCGCGUCCUUCAGCAUGGGCGCCGACGCGUGGGCGACGGCCGUCGUCGCCGCACAAGAGGACUGGGCGCGCAACGACUGGCGCCACCAGGCCCUCACUGCGCUGCGCCUCGGAGCAGUCGAUGCCGGCACACUCGCCGCGCUGCUCGCGGCCAUCUCCUUCGACUCGGACGACAAGCAGAUCGCCCUUGGGUGGAUCCGCGCCAGACGGGCGGGCGCCAUCGUUGGGGCCGCCCACUUCCACGGGGGGUUACUGCGGCUGCUCUGCCUCGCUGCCGGGCCGCGCGCCAGCUGCCAGGGCGCCGCGACAGCCGUCCUGCGCAAGGCGGCGUGGCCCCGCGCCCCGCAGGGUUGCCGCCGGUGCACGGCGAUGGCCUGCGUGCGCAAGUCCCAGGACUCAGGGGUGCCUGCUGUGCGCUGGUGGCCGCGCGCGCCCGAGCCAGGCGCGGCCCCGCUGGACAAGCGCGACGUCGUCGUCGGGCACUACGACGUUCUCAUCGACGGCGCAAAGGAGCGCCGCCAGGCUGCUCCGCUCCGGCGGCUGGGGCUGCACGGCGCCAGCGCCGCGGCCCGCCCUC